AUGACAAAGAAUGAUCCUAACAAGGACAAAAAUUCAUCAAAUGCAACACCCACAACAACAGUCUUUUCUACCGAUUCAAAUCUUCUUCAUAGUAUUUACUUUUCUCAUAUGCAUCAGAAUUUAACAUUAUUAGAAGAGGACGAAACACCAAUGAGUGCCUAUACUGGUCCUACCACCUCUACUACAAAUAAUUCUCAGCAACAAGUCAUCAUUCCGAAUAAUGAAACUCCAUCAUCAUCAUUGGCACAAAUUGCCAUGCAACAACAGCAAAAUAAUGGUGGAGAUAACACUUUUGUGGAUCUGGAUGGUUUUGGAUCGAUUGGAGCUUUAUCUCAAUUCGAUAUUCCUCUCUCGAUCAAUAUUACAGGAUAUCAAUUAACUCACAAGGAGGAAAAAAAGGCUCGAGAGAAGGAAAGAGAAAGAGAGGUCAAUCGUAUGAAAAAACUCAUGGAACAAAGGAAAACAAAUGUGAUGAGGGAUGAAGAUGAAAUGGAGAAAAAGUUAAAGAAUGAAGGAUUGUCAUUCUUUAGAAAUGGUUUUAUGGUUUUCACAAACAGUAGUGAAACUGAGUUGGAUGAAGGAAGCGAGAGAGGAAGACAUACAUUCUCUUCACAUGAUGAUCAAGAAGAAGAACAAUUCGACAUGUAUGAUGAAUAUAGACAAGAUGAUCAGGUCACAGAUAAUGAAACUGAUUUAUUGGAGGAACAAUUAAUUUAUUUCUAUCCAAGUACAGUCUCAAAAACAUCACAACUCCAUAUUAUUGGUUAUAUUCAAUCAUAUUUGAUUUUUACUGAUUCUUUCCACCCUCUCGUUUUUGAAACACUUUCUCCAGAAGAAAACGGCUUUGAUAACAACUCAAUUUCUCCACCAACUUCAGCUGACAAUACCAAAUCACUUCUCACAUCUUCACUCAAGGCUGAAGCAACAGCUGUACCUCGAGUUCAAUCUAAAGAAAGUAACCAUCCUGUCAAUAUGGUACAAUUCAAUCACUCUAAAAUGGCAAUUGUGAGAUAUUACAACUUGAUCUACUGUCUAUGUGCUCCAAUAAGUACUCCAAAUUAUAUUUUACACGAAAAUUUACGUCACAUUCUCGAUUCCUUUGCCUUUAUUUAUGGAACCUACAAUAUUAAGCAAGUACUUUCAGAUAGAAGCUCACUAAAUAAGAGAGAGAAGGAAAUUGAAGCUGCCAAAACUGAAUUUUACACCUCUCAUACCAAUGAGUUUGAGAGUAGUUUGGAUGUUUUUGAGGAUAUUAUUGAAGGGCCAUUCCCAGUGAGGUCAAUAGUUCCAAAUGAUAAUCAUCGAACACCAUGGAUUGCAUCACCAUAUAACCCAAUCGUCUCCAAUAUCUACAAGAAGAGACCUAAUACUGAACGGAGAUGGAAUUCUGAUCAGGAGAUGGUUCUUGACGAUUUAAAUGUCCUCAUCAAAAUGUAUACUGUAAGUCAAAAAAUUCCAGAUGAUCUGCCAAUUAAGGCCAUGACUCAAAGAAUAUUCCCACAUGCCAUUCCCUAUGCAGAAGUUCCUGAAAAGAAUAUAUUUAUCAAAGCCAUGACCAUAUUGAAUCAAUUGCAGGAUUCUUAUGGAUCAACAAUGCCACGAGUCAAGCCAAAUUAUAACUUUAAUACCCUUGGAGUCUCACUCUCAAGAAUGGUACAGAAACAAUUGGAAAAUUUAUCAAUUAAUGAGGAUACUCAAAUCACUGAGGAACGGGGAUCCCUUAUCGGCUCGGCAAUGUUUUUCGAAAGUAAGGGUCUAGUAGCUCUCAAUAAUUUGGAUGAAAAGGUUGUUCAAUUUAUUUUAUUCAGACUAAAAUGUAUUGAAAAGAAUUUGUGUGAAUAUCAGGACAGAUAUGAUGAAUCAUUCGAUGCAGAGAUUGUUUCAAGUCCAAUGACCAAAUUUACACCAUUAAACGGGGUUAAAGCAAGAAGUGUUGUUGGUACACCACAAAGUGAUAACCCAUUCGUAUCCACACCAGACUCGAGCCAUAUUACACCAAUUCCACUGAGAAAGUUCAAAACUCCUGGCACACCUGUAAAUACUCAAAGCCCUUACCGAUCAAAUGCCAAAUCAAAUAGCACCAGUAAUUUAUUGACUUCGGGAGCAACAGUGAGCCCAUUGGUAAAAUCACUCUCCAAGUCUAGUAUUGGAUCUGCCAGAGAAAGAACUCUGACACCAGAGAAUAGAUCGAGAAGUAGUUUCCACGAAUCUUCACCUGGUGGUUUGAGUAAUGCCUCCGUCCAAUCAAAUGCAAGCACAACCUAUGCUCCAAGCCCAUUACCAAAUGAAAAUAGUGCUUUUGGUAUUAACGCAUACAUGAUUGAUGACUGGUCCAUGUAUGAAACAACAGCUGUUCAGGAUUUACAAUAUUCUGAGGAUGAAGAAAAUCCAACCAAUAGCGAAUCAAAGGAAAAAAUUUCUCGUAUCAAUUUGGAUUACAACAUGUUUAUUAUUUCUGGAGAUAAGGAAUCAGAAUUUAUAGUUCUCAGCGAGGAAGAUCAAAUUGACUAUUUGCAAGUCUAUCUUAAUUCAAAUGAUUCUAACACUACAUCAAUGAAGAAGCAUGCAUUAAUAACAUAUAGAUAUAGAGAUCUAUCACUAUGCUUAUUAUGGGAAUUUAAGGAGUCCUUCAAUUGGAGAUGCGAUCUCAAUGAUUGUAUCAUCAAGAUUCGAACUGAGAUGAAACCAAUUUUGAGACAAAUAUCCAGAAAAAUGGAUAGAUCAAGUUAUACCAACAUGAUUCUUGCUAGAGAGGAGUCAGCACCAUACAAGCUUAAUGGUAAUGUCAGAUAUAAGAGAGCACCAGCUACUAAUAAUAAUGGAGAACAAACAACAGAUACCAACUCAUUCUGUCUAAUGUAUGAUGAAUUUAAUAGUAUGGCAACAACAACCAAUAUUUCAAGCAAGACCUUCUUUGUUAAUGUAGCAAAGGCCAGAAAUACUUAUCUCAACUCUACAGAAAAUCAACAAGUAGAAUGGUGGAAUGAAGAGGCCCAACAACCAAAGACUGGAAAGGCCGUUACAAAACUCUUCCUCAAAAAUGACAGAGAUGGUUUCAUUUAUUCCAAACAAUUAUUUGGAAGUCAAAUCUACUAUUACAAGCAGCAGCAACAACCUGAGCAAUCUCAAAAGACAGCUGCCUAUUUUGCCUUGUCAAAACUCGAAACCAAUGUGAGAGAGACUGUUAAAAACGAGUUCAAGAUUAAUUUGCUAUAA